CCAACCACAUCAGCCAAAACCAGUUUGUGAUUGGGUUUCGUGGUCCGCAUUCUCCGAAAUUGGUUGUGCGUGUUUUUGUUUUUGAAUAUCUGUGAUGAAUUCCGCUAUUUCUCGCGAAAUGAGAUAGUUUUACAUGUUCAGUAGGCCCGAUUCUACUAAUUAACGCAAAGUGUUAUAGUUCAACUCAGGAGAAAAGGCGGAAGAAUUUCGAUAACCGAAACAUCCACUACGAAGAGCCAUGGACUCGUUGAAUAUCAAAAUGGAGGUACCGGAUCUGCCACUUCCGGAUCACAUCUCGCAACUGGGCGAAGAUGGGCUGGGCAUGAUUGCCAAUUCGGAAUUCCUUGCCAACAGCAAUGGAUUGUUUCUGGGUGAAACGGAUGACGGGGACGACGAUGACGAUACGAUUGUGGUGCAUAUGGACUUGCGGGAGAAUCUCUCGACGUUGAGAGGUCUUGUUGAGCAGCGAAUCGGAGUAUCACUGAAGCACUAUGAGUUCUGGCUGCAGGACACUCAGAUGCUGGAAUCGCACAAGAAUCUGGUCGAUCAGUGCGUCCAAGGCGAGGGAUUGGUUCAAAUUAAUGUGCAGGUGCAGACGGCCAAACGCCGAAUCAACAUUGCCGAUGUGUUGAAACCGACCGAUGAAGUCCUGGAAAGCUACCAACAGGAGCUAGAACUGGCCGCGGCCCAGGCGGCUGCUGUAGCCCAAGCUGCUGCGGUGGCCGCUGCUGCUGCUGCUGCUUCCAUUUCCAUCACGGAGCCCACUCCGUCUCCUCAACAGCAGACAUCGACUUCCAUGGCAUCCCCAAUGGCAGCUACCGUUCCGAAUGAUCCUGCACCUGCCCCUCCUCCUCCUCCUGUACCUGCUCCUGCUCCAGCACCACCUAAAACACCACAGCAAACUGCAAAGGAAGAAAUGGAAACUGCAUCGGCAGUCGCUGCAAUCAUAAAUUCCGCCAAUGCAGAAGCGAAUGCCGAGAAAGUCGCAGCUCAGACCACUACGACAGUGACCGCAAUACCGGUGACCACUACAACAAAUACUACCCCUAUGCCCACCGUCACAAACGGGACGGAUUCGGUUAAAUACACUCCGCCCAUGAUGGAAUCUCCGACGAUAAUCGAUGACGACGACGAUGAUGACGAAAUGGGCGAAGGAGGACAAUCGGCCCUGCGAUGGGUUUGCGAUACGAACUUCAAGCGGGACCAGCAACGGCUGAACAUUCCGGACGAUCCCCUGGAGUGGACUGUUGCCCAAGUCAAACAUUGGAUCCAGUGGGCGGUUAAAAUAUUCCAACUCACCAGCAUCAAGCUUCAGGAUUGGAGCAUCAGUGGGAAGGAACUCUGCGAUAUGGAUCACGCGGAGUUCAAACAGAAGGUUCCCAGUGAUCCGGGCGAUUUGUUCUGGACCCAUUUGGAGUUGCUGCGGAAGUGCAAGUUUGUGGCCGUUGUUCAGAAGCAUGGCGACGGGGACGAUUACGACGAGAUGGCUAUAUUGAGGAAAGUGCCGAGGAAUAGUUUGGCAAAUGAAAGUUAUUGUGGCAAUCGAAGCGGAAACAACGGUCAAAUCCAACUAUGGCAGUUUCUUCUGGAGAUACUCACCGACAAGGAACAUCAGGGCAUCAUUCAAUGGAUAGGCAAGGAAGGCGAAUUCAAGUUGUGCAAUCCGGAACUGGUGGCUCAGCUGUGGGGAGAACGGAAGAACAAACCGACCAUGAACUACGAAAAGUUGUCGCGAGCACUCCGCUACUACUACGACGGGGAUAUGAUCUCCAAGGUGCACGGCAAGCGGUUCGUGUACAAAUUCGUGUGCGAUCUACGAGAGCUGAUCGGUUACAACGCAUCGGAACUGGCCAGCUUGGUUCAGGAAGGAUCGACCUACAUUCACAGCAAUUCGUACGACGGGUACGAUCGAGAUUGCGAUUAAGUUUUAGUUUGCGUUUGCGACAUCGAUUAUUCUAUUUUUGACUUUCAAAAAGCAUUACUGAUGAAGUUUACUAUAAAGUUGGAUUGAAUUUA